UGCUCUGCGAGCUCCGCUCGCAGGUCGCAAUCGUUCUCCGCUCCUCUGUGAAUGAUGCGUACUGCUAAGUGCGAGGUCUGGAUCACGUUUGAAGGAAAACGCUUGCCAGAGUACGACACCCAAGCAGAGGAUGAUGGGGGAAAGACCCUGAGCUGCUUCGUUCCGAGCGAGGCUGGAAAGAGCUUCGCGCUGGAGUGGCGGAAUUCAACAACUGACGCUUUGUUCUUCUCAAUGAACAUAGAUGGAAGCGAAGUCACUAAGGGUAACUUUGAGAGGCCUGGAGAAAGAGGAGGUAGAAGAUGUUGGAACGCGUACGGCAAGGCAAGCGUGGUGCGAGAGCCCCGGCCGUGUCUCAGGCGAACAGUCUUGUCGCGCCGGUGAUGCGGCUUGUCGCAGCUUGUCGCGCCUAGGCGGAUUCAUCCCACUUUGUUCUCGAAUGCUACGUCUCAUUUAUCUUGUAGCGUACAUGUCUUGUUCUAGUAUGGUAUUAAGUACC